UCUAGUAUACCUCAUUGCGUAGUCAGAAGUGAUCAUGGAAAGCCGCCUCAAUCUCUUCUCUCCCAUAGAUGCAGUUGACCGUGGGUGGGCAUGGAUAGUUAGCGGUGCAAGCUUUCUGCUGAUGUUCUGUGUAGGAGGGACGGUUUCUUCGUUCGCUGUUGUGUACAUUGGAUUCAUCGAGCAUUACUCAACCAGCUCUUGUAGUUCUUUUAGUAACAACAAUAUGACGUCGUCCAAUCUCACUUUAUCUGCGUGUGACGGCCCGAGAGGUUUGCUAGCCUGGGUUGGAUCUUUGUCGGUGUUUCUGAUGUGUGCGGGAGGUCCCGUUUUGACCGGUCUGGUAGACAAGGUUGGUCCACAGCGCGCUCUGCUUGCUGGCACGAUGUUCCUGGUUUCUGGUCUUCUUCUGACCUCCUUAACAGACACCGUUUGGCAACUUUUUCUGACAUACAGCGUACCGAUCGGAGUCGGUAGCGCACUUGUUCGGACGACGUCACUUUCGUUAUUACCUUAUUAUUUUCAAACAAAAUUGGUCGUUGCAACGUCUGUCGCCGUGACUGGCCGUUUUGUUGGUGUGGCCAGCUUGACUCCGAUAUGUCGUAUUUUGAUGAAAAGCUAUGGGUGGCGUCGCAUGUUGCAGAUGUCUGCUCUAGUGGGAAUUCCCAUGCUCGCUUGUACUGCUCUGUUUCGUCCUUCUGUUAGUUUCCGAGCUGCCAAGGCAAAUACAAUGCGACACGUUGUCAACUGCUGCAAGCUACAGAAAAAUGUUAGACUAAUGGUCUACAUUUGGGCAGCGGCAGUUCACGUGACUGCUAUUACUAUUCCUGCCACUUACAUCGUCGAAUAUGCCGAACAAACGUUGGGUGUUGACGAAAAUGUAUCGGGACUAUUGCUUACAGCCAUGGCUCUAGCUGCUGCUCUCUCCAACAUUCUUACGGGUUUGAUUGGACGGCGAGUAGCGCGUAAAAUGAUUCUGCUUCAAUUUCUUAUUGCAGUCGGUGGUUUUUCUUCUCUAGUCUUCCCAUUUUAUCAUUCGUAUUUGCAUCUCGUCGUGUACAUGAUCGCACAAGGAGUGGCCUUUGGUUACUUGUCGUUGGUCUACGUCAUUCCACAGACGUCACGGAUGGUGUGUGUGCACGAUACCAAAGACGUAUUCGCACUGCAGUCGCUUACAAUGGCGGUCGGGACUUUGGGAACGCCCGUGGGAGGGUGGAUGUAUGAUAGAAUGGGCAGCUACACUCCAGGCUUUCUUCUCUCUGGGAUUAUUGCGAUCGUAGCAUCUAUUACUCUCUUUCUUGACGUGUACUUGCAAAAAGAGAGUGUCAAAAACAACUGCUCGCCUGUGGAAAAGGACCCUAAUUCUUGCAUGCAAGCUGACUGUGUAGGGGGUGAUCACUUUCCGACAGUGUAUUAUUACGAAACGUAUGUGUAGCUCCAAAACUAGCGUCAAAGACGUUGCGUUAGGCACUGGUAACAUAAUUGGGCAGUAGAUGUAAUUAGCAUGUUGUUAGCGCAUGCGCAAACUUUGAGAUUUGGUAUUGAAACGUUUGAUUGCUGUGUAUUAAUACACAAUUGCAAUUUGAUUGAUUAAUUAAAAGCUAGAAUACAUUCAA